CAUUCCUUCUGCUUCUGCAGCGUUGUUGACGAGAAAUGCCUCCGCUAUUGAUCGACGCAUAGCUGGAACGCAUAACUAUAAGCAGAGAAUUCUGAAAACACAAGCCUUUUUUGAAGAUUUAUAGUAAUCAUCACAGUGCGUUCGUUUUGUUGUGGUUAAUCAGCUAAUGUGAUGAUGAUGGACGACUGAUCCUCGGGAUACUGGGAUUGCCGUGUCUGGCUGCAGAUUGGACUGAUCGAUUGUGUUGCGGGUGGUUGACUGUUCUAGAAAAAGAUUUUUAAGCAGAGAUUUUUUUAUAACUGGAAAGAAUUAGAAUUCUUUGAUCGGAUUUGAAUCAAUUGGUCUUCAAAGUCAACGAAGCGUGAAAAAUGACGAUGGAUACGGAAGAAAAACUGGCGGCUGCCGCAGCGGAUCCGCGGGCGGGUGGCGAUGGCGACAGGACGGCUGGCAGUCGCCGCGACACCCUGGACAAGGAGAACAUGCCCGGUCUGACGGAGAACAUUCCCCCCACGCCCGGCACCCCCGCCAAAACGCCGGCGAAACAGCCGUCCGCCCCGGAGGUCAAGGCGCCGCGGCCCAAGAGCUUCGGGGUGCUGAAGCCGGAGGAGGAGACGCUGCUGAAACUGAGCCAGGAGGGACAGCUGGAGGAGGUGCGCCGGCUGCUCAGUGAGAAGAAGAAGAAAAUCAAGAUCGACUGCCUCGAUGAUUCGGGCACGACGCCGCUGGAGCACGCGUGCUACAAAGGCCACAAGGAGCUGGUGGAGCUGCUGUUGGGGGCCGGGGCGGACGUGAACAACAACAUGCAGACGCAGGGCUACACGCCGCUCAUGUUCGCCGCGCUGGCCGGCAAGCAGGACGUGGUGCGCAUCCUGCUGCGCCACGGCGCCCGCACCAGCGCCACCAACAACAUCGGCCGCACCGCCUCGCAGCUGGCCGGCUUCGUCGGCCAUCACGCCGUCGCCGUCACCAUCAGCAACUUCUUCACCGUCGAGGAUCUCACCUACUAUACCGUUCCUAAUGGCCUGGAAAAGGAGCCGAAACUGCCGCCAGCCAUUGCGCCCCUGGUGCACCGUUUCAUUAUGCAGAAUAAUCUCCAUCCCGUUAAGAUUUUGUUCUUUAUCCGCGGCAACCCGGUGCUGGAGGAGGAAUCGGGCAAGAUUCUGCGCACCUUCGACACCAUCAUCGAUAAGGAGAUGAAAUCGCGCGAGAUGAACGAAAUCAUGGCCAUGAAAAUCCACUAUUUAUCCUGCAUUCUGCGGCAUGUUAAGAAGAUGUCGGCCGACGGAAAAUCCAUCGAAGACAUGGUGAAACUGUUCGUGCGAGGCCGGGACGCGGUCGGCUUCCCCGAAUACAUGGAGAAAUUCCUCCGCGAGUCCAUCCGCAGUUUCCCGUUCUACCAGACCCCCCUGCACACCACCAUGGUGCACGCCAUCGCCAAGGCCAAUCUGGGCGGGGCCGGCGGCAGUUUAUCUAUCCUGGAGCAGAGCAUCAACGGCCAGCACAUGGCCGGCCGCGACGGCCCGCCCUGCGAGACCUGCAACGACAACGAGGCGCACAAGAAGUGCAGCGGCUGCCACAUGGUGGCGUACUGCAACGAGGAAUGCCAGAAGCUGCACUGGCCGCUGCAUCGCAAAGAGUGCAAGGAACUGGCCGAGCAGUUUGUGGUUAUGGAGCGCCGACGGCUGGAGGAGGAGGAGCGCAACCGCCAGGAGGAGGCGGCCAAAAAGAGGCGGAGAAGGUGGGGGAUGCGGUGAAGGCGGAGGAUGUCCAGGUGGAUGUGGCGGAAGAUAACCGCCCUCCGGUGGCGGACGACGCCGACGAGGAUGCCGAGCCGGAGACGGAGGAUGAUGCGGCGCCGUUGGUGCGGAAAUAACGCUUGACCUGACCGCGAAAAUUCGCUCGUUCCUAAUCUAGUUCAACCGCGCACCAAAUACAUGUUGUUUUUUGCUUUCUUUGCACCGCACCCUGCACUUCCAUUCCGAUCGGUCCAGUGGAUGCUGCGUGUUUUAUGUUUCUCCAUGCCAGUGAUACCAUUGCUUGGGUCUGCUGUAUUUUGUCGUGCCAGUUUAUUUUAUCGAUAAAUAGACAAUUAAAUAAUAUCAUAAUGCCUGCUGAUAAAAUAAAUGUACUAAAAAAAUACAUAUUUAAUGCAGCAC